AUGGUUAGCUCAGCGUGUGCACUCGUAUCUGUCUUGUAUUGUGACACCAAGAGCAACCACCCCUACAUCAGAUCGUUGUGUAAGGUGGUGGAGAUUAGUGUGAUGACCUUAACCUCUGUAGCCUGUAACAGUGCCACCCCCAUCAUCAUUAAGCUGGAGCCCCAAAGUAAGUACAUUGAUGCUCUGUCACCUUCUUUCCACUGUUUCCACACUUACAGAAUCACUUUGGUCCAAACCAGGGCUUGAAUUGUGACAAUUCUGUCUCACACCAAAUCCAACCCCUCUGCUGUGCUCCCACAGUUUCCAUUGUGAAUGAUCUUGCAUGUAAAGGCCUAGAUAAGCUUGAGAGUACGUUGCCAGUGCUUCAACAGCCUUCACAGCAGGUGAACUCAAUCUCUAUGUCCCAAUCCUUUUAUUUGCUGUCUUUUUGUGUUAAAUAUAUUUAACAUUACUGUAAGAACUGUCUUUGUGCUCAAUUCUCAUUAUCACCAAGAUUGUUUCAGAUGUGAAGAAUAUAAUGAUGGAGGCCAAAGAUGCUGUAGCUGUUGCUGUCCGCGGCGCAAAGAACUGCAUGUAUUACACCAUGACUGGAAUGGUUGCGAUGACAAAAGGCGCAAGUGGUGGCAGAGUCAACGUGGUGUCCCUGGAGCAUGCGGUCCAGCUGGUUAGCGUGGGACUGGAAUCUGCACUGAGCCUGUCAGAAACCCUGGUGGACCAAGCCCUUCCUCCGACCUAUGAAGAGAUGGGUGAGUGGGGCUAAUGCUUGGGUGUGUUCAUUAGUGGCACACCAUAGCAAAACACAAAAUAUUUCGCAACGGACACACUUUACUCCAAACGCUCUGCAACAUGAUGUAAAAGUGAGGGGCUAUUUACACAUGCAUAUCAAAGUGUAAUCCACAAUGUUUUGCACCUUAAACUAUGGUUUUCCAAGGCCUCUGGUAACUUAUACUGACAGACAUAAAGGGCAACUGAAAGCUGAUGUGUUCUUCUGUAACCUUCCAUCCCUCAUCACACCGACUUGUCGGUCUGUCUUUAGAAGACGAGGUAAAGACUGUGAAGGGCUUUGAUGUUGCCGCCGCCAGGCUCAGCUCUCCUGUCCGACUGGUUUCCCUCACUGUCAAGCUGUGUAGACGAGCAUACCACCAGGCAGAGGAGAAGGUGCGCUCUGUCAAAGUCUGUGGUCAGAAAUCCCUCAACUUGCUUCAGUACACCAUGAACUUGGUAAGCCUGGUAGAUGCUUAAACCAGUGUUUUUCUAGAAGUCCAUUUGGGAGAGGGACCCACCCACUGAUGGGUUUUGGUAGCCUAUUAGUUUCAGGUCAGUUUGGGGUCCUGGCUUGAUUCAAUUUGCUGAUGUCAAUGUUGUGAACAGUGCGCCCCAUGGUGGGGUUAUGGUAUGAGCAGGCAUAAGCUACAGAAAACGAACACAAUUACAUUUUAUCGAUGGCAAUUUGAAUGCACAGACGAGAUCCUGAGGCCCAUUGUUCUGCCAUUCAUCCGCCACCAUCACCUCAUGUUUCAGCAUGAUAAUGCACGGCCCCAUGUCGCAAGGGUCUGUACACAAUUCCUGGAAGCUGAAAAUGUCAGUUCUUCCAUGGCCUGCAUACUCACCAGACAUGUCACCCAUUGAGCAUGUUUGGGAUGCUCUGGAUCAACGUGUAUGACAGCGUGUUCCAGUUCCCUCCAAUAUCCAGCAACUUCGCACAGCCAUUGAAGAGGAGUGGGACAACAUUUCACAGGUCACAAACCACCUGAUCAACUUUGUGACGGAGACGUGUUGCGCUGCGUAAGGCAAAUGGUGGUCUCGAGAUACUUAUGGUUUUCUGAUCCACCCCCUUUACCUUUUUAAGAUAUCUGUGACCAACAGAUGCAUAUCUGUAGUCAUUUGAAAUCCAUGGAUUAGGGCAUAAUUAAUUUAUAUAAAUUGACUGAUUUCUUUUUAUAUGAACUAACAGUAAAUCUUUGCAAUUUGUUGCAUGCUGCGUUAAUUUUUCUUCAGUAUAGUUGUCCUCCAAUUAUCGUAUUCUUGAAAUUGAAACACUGUACUUUGAUUGUAAACUGACCAUUAUGCUUCUGAUGGAAUUGAUGUGUGCAGGACAAUCUUGGCGCCUUGGUGGAAUGGACUAGUAAUGUUCAAGAGAAGGAAGACAAGGAGACCGCGGUAUUAUAAAAUCUAUUUACUAAUGUACUGUGUUGGUGGACAUGAGUCUUAAAAGCUGUGAUUAUUACUUUUACAAGUUUGCUCUAGGGGUUCUCAAAUGUUCCUUCCCUAGAAAUUGGAUCAUAUUCAUUAUCUAUUCAAGUGGCUAAUUGAAAAAUCCUUACUGAAAACAUGUCAAUUCCGGUACUGCAAUGUUAAACAAAACAGAAUUGCACUCAACCAUGCUGUUGACAGUUUCCCAGACCAAGCGUUGGCUAUAUUCACUUGACACGUUCGCUUGCAUGGUUCAGCUCAGUACCACAUAAAGCAGUACAUAACCUCUGUUUCUCCAGCGGGUGGUUAUCCACAGCCUGGAAGUCUCUCCCAGUGUGAGUCACCAGCUGCAGAGCAGCUGUCUGAGCCUGGCCUGCAGCCUCCAAAGUCUCCCCCGCCACCUCCAGCAGCAGGCUGUGUGUGUGCUGCUUUCUGCCUCACAGAUCUUACACAACUUUAGUUCCGCUGACCCCCACCCGGGCAUCAGACCUCAGGGCAUAGUGAGCGGUUCUCUGGAUGCCAUCCUGGACUACCUGGUCCACAACAUGCCCCUCAAUUGGCUGGUGGGGCCCUGGUACCCUCGGACGCCCCCCAUUACGCCAAGAGCCCAGACCAAUGGUCAAAGGAGGAAGAGGCCUGCCAAGAAAACCGGUGUUUUUGACCAUAAGUGUACUGUCACACCCUAUGAACAAUAUUGA